CUCGGAUCGCUGCUUUUCGGAGCCCGCCCUGCCCUUCUUCUCCAUGGCGAGGGAGGCGUCCGCCGGUUGCAGCCUGGGGGGCUCCCACUUGUUGCCGCUGCUGCUGCUGCUGCUGCUGCUGGUGUCCGGGCUCGGGCGGUGCCAGCGGGAACCGGGCCCCGGCGGGCCCGGAGACUUGAGCCUGCACCCGCCCUACUUCAACCUGGCCGAGGGCACCCGCAUCUCCGCCUCGGCCACCUGCGGCGAGGAGCCGCCCCCGCGCAGCCCCGUCCGCCCCACCGAGGAUCUCUACUGUAAGCUGGUGGGGGGCCCCGUGGCCGGAGGAGACCCCAACCAGACCAUCCAGGGCCAGUACUGCGACAUCUGCACAGCGGCCAACAGCAACAAAGCCCACCCGGUCACCAAUGCCAUCGAUGGAACGGAGCGCUGGUGGCAGAGCCCCCCGCUGUCCCGCGGCCUGGAGUACAAUGAAAUCAAUGUCACCUUGGACCUGGGACAGCUUUUCCACGUAGCGUAUGUUCUCAUCAAGUUUGCCAAUUCACCGCGUCCCGACCUGUGGGUCCUGGAGCACUCCACGGACUUCGGCCUGACCUACCAGCCCUGGCAGUACUUCGCCUCCUCCAAGACGGACUGCAUCGAGAAGUUUGGGCUGCAUAGCCUGGAGCGCAUCACCAAGGAUGACGACGCCAUCUGUACCACCGAGUACUCUCGGAUUGUGCCGCUGGAGAACGGAGAGAUUGUUGUGUCUCUGGUCAACGGGCGCCCCGGAGCCAUGAAUUUCUCCUAUUCACCCCUCCUGCGGGACUUCACUAAGGCCACCAACAUCCGCCUGCGCUUUCUGCGCACCAACACCCUGCUGGGCCAUCUCAUGGGCAAGGCCUUGCGGGACCCCACGGUCACCCGCCGGUACUAUUACAGCAUCAAGGACAUCAGCAUUGGGGGCCGCUGUGUCUGCCACGGCCACGCUGACGCCUGUGACGCCAAGGACCCCAACAACCCCUUCAGGUUGCAGUGUGCCUGUCAACACAACACGUGUGGGACCUCCUGCGAUCGCUGCUGCCCGGGCUUCAACCAGGUCCAGUGGAAGCCAGCCACAACCAACAGCGCCAACGAGUGCGAGUCCUGCAACUGUAACGGCCAUGCCUAUGACUGCUAUUACGACCCAGAGGUGGAGCGGAUCAAAGCCAGCCAGAACCGGGACAGCCAGUACAGGGGUGGGGGCGUCUGCAUCGACUGCCAGCAUCACACAACUGGCAUCAACUGCGAGCACUGUAUCCCAGGAUACUACAGAUCCCCCAACCACCCAGUCGACUCCCCCUCGGCCUGCUAUCGCUGCAGCUGCGACUCUGAGUUCCAGGACGGGACGUGUGAGGAUCUCACUGGCCGCUGCUACUGCAAGCCCAACUAUACGGGGGAGCGGUGUGCGGCCUGUGCCGAGGGCUACACCGACUUCCCUCACUGCUACCCCGUCCCCAGUUUCUCCCACAAUGAUACUGGGGAGCAGGUGCUCCCCGCCGGCCAGAUCAUCAACUGUGACUGCAGUGCCGCCGGGACCAAGGGGAACGCCUGCCGGAAGGAUGCCCAGCUUGGAGUAUGUGUGUGCAAACCCAGCUUCCAGGGAGACCACUGUGAACAGUGUGUCCCUGGGCACUAUGGACCUGGGUGCCAGGCCUGCCAGUGCAGUGGUCCUGGCCAGUAUGACGGCAGCUGUGACAGUGAAACGGGUCAGUGCGUGUGCCGGGCCGGCUUCGAAGGGCCUGCUUGUGACCAGUGUGCUCCUGGCUACUUCAACUACCCGCUCUGCCGGCUGUGUGGCUGCAGCGUGGUUGGGACAGAGCCGGAAGUCUGCGAUGCGGCCGGAACGUGUCUCUGCCAGCCAGAGUUUGCCGGCCCUCACUGUGACCACUGCAGCCCUGGGCAUCACUCUUAUCCCCACUGCCAAGCCUGCGCCUGUGACCCCCGAGGCUCCCUGGAGGAGCCCUGCAGCCCAGCCGGAACCUGCCGCUGCCUGCCCAACUUUUCUGGGCCCUCCUGCCACGAGUGCGCCCCCGGCUUCUAUGGCUUUCCCAGUUGUAACCCAUGUCACUGUUCCCGAGAGGGCUCCUUCCAGGACACCUGUGACCAAGAGACGGGUCAGUGCGCCUGCCGCUCCCUCGUGACAGGGUUGCGCUGCGACACCUGCGUGCCCGGGGCCUACGGGUUUCCUCGCUGUGAAGUGGGUUCCUGCGACCCAGCCGGCCAGGACCCCACAGAGCCCACCUCGUCUGAGGGAUCCUGUGAGUGUCGGGCCUUUGUGGAGGGGCCCAGCUGUGAGCGGUGUAAGCCUCUGUACUGGAACCUGAUGCCCGACAACCCCUACGGCUGCACGACCUGUCUCUGCAACACUCAGGGCACGCUUGGUGGUGUGGCUGAAUGCCAGCAGGCUUCAGGGCAGUGUUUCUGCAAACCCAGUGUCUGCGGCCGGACCUGCUCGAUCUGCAAGGAUGGCUACUACCGACUGGACCAGGGAAAUUACUUUGGGUGUCAGAGCUGCCAUUGCGAUAUCGGCGGAGCUCUGGCCCAGGCCUGCGAGGCGAGAACGGGGGCCUGCCACUGCCGGCAGAACACGCAGGGGCCCACCUGCAAUGAGCCAGCGAGGGAACACUACUUCCCAGACCUUCAUCACCUGCAGUUCGAGGUGGAAGAGGGCAGGACCCCGGAUGGGCGGACCGUGCGCUUCGGCUAUAACCCCCUGGAAUUCGAGAACUUCAGCUGGCGGGGUUAUGCCCAGAUGUCUCCCGUUCAGCCAAAAGUGGUGGUGAUGCUCAAUGUGACCUCCCCGGACCUCUUCCGCCUUGUCUUCCGCUACGUCAACCGGGGCCUGACCAGCGUUGAAGGGACAGUGUCUGUCCUGGAGGAAGGGAAGCUCAAUAUUUGUGGAAACUGCACAGAGCAGACCAAGCAGAUUGUGUUUCCGCCCAGCACGGAGCCGGCGUACGUCACCGUCCCGCAGAGCGGCUACGGCGAGCCCUUCGUCCUGAACCCCAGCCUGUGGACCCUUGUGGUCGAGGCUGAGGGAGUCCUGUUGGAUCACGUGGUCCUGCUGCCCAGUGCCUACUACGAAGCCCCGGUCCUGCAGUUGAAGGUGUCCGAGCCCUGCACCUACAGCCCGGCCCCGGAGCUGGUCGGCCACAACUGCAUCCUGUAUCACUACCUCCCCCUGGAUGGUUUCUCUUCUGGGGCCGGCAAGGAGGCCACAUGCCGACUGGACAACAGCUUGCCCAGACCUUGCCAGACGGAGCAGCUUAGCCCCUCCCACCCUCCCAUGGCUAUCUGUCAAGGUCAAGAGGUGGACGUCCAGCUGUGGCUGGCAGUGUCGGAACCCGGGCGCUACGCCCUGCUGGUGGAAUAUGCCAAUGAAGAUGCCCUGCAGGGCGUGGGGGUGACAGUGAGCGCACCGCAGCUGGCUCCGCAGCAGGGCACGCUCACCCUGUACCCCUGCAAGUACAGCUUCCUUUGUCGGGGAGUUGUCCUUGAUGCUCAGAACCGCCUGGCUGCUUUUGAACUCACCACCGAGGCCACCAUCCGGAUCACGGCCGAGCGAGCCCGCUUCUUCUUGCACCGUGUGUACCUGGUUCCCUUUGGAGAGUUCACAACCGAGUUCAUCGAGCCUAAGGUUCACUGUCUCAGCACCCAUGGGGCCUUUCUGCCCAGCAGUGGCUCCUGUGUGCCCUCGCGCUUCCAGAAGCUGUCCCAGCCCAUCGUCCUGCAGGAAUUUAAGGUCCUGCCCAUUCCCGCUGACUUCCCCCUGUUUCACGCCCACACCGUUGUGCCGGUCGACCCCCCGUCGGAGCCCGCACCUCGACCUCCCACGGCCAACGAUCCAACUGUUCGAUCGAUCCUGCUGCAGCCUCCCCAGCAGGGCACGGUGGUGCUGAGCACCCACGUCCAGACCCUGGGCCGCUAUGCCUUCCUUCUGCACGGCUACCAGCCCCUCCACCCGACCUUCCCCGUCGAGGUGCUCAUCGGCGGGGGCCGCGUCUGGCACGGACAAGCCAAUGCCACCUUCUGCCCCCACGCUUAUGGCUGCCGCAGCCUGGUGGUGUCCGAAAACCAGGUGGUCCUGGAUGUGACGGACAACGAACUGACGGUGACCCUGCGGGUGCCCGAGGGCCGGCAGCUCUGGCUGGACUAUGUAUUGGUGGUCCCCGAAGAUGGCUACAACCCUGGCUACCUUGUGGAGGAGCCUCUGGACAAGUCCUAUGACUUCAUCAGUCACUGUGGGGCCAAUGGUUUCCACAUCAGCCCCGCGUCUCCCCGGUUCUGCCAGGACGCAGCCAUCUCGCUGUCCCUGUUCUACAACAACGGGGCCCAGCCCUGUGGCUGCCAUGAGGUGGGGGCCAUGGGCCGGCAGUGCCAGCCAUUCGGAGGCCAGUGCCCCUGCCGGGCCCACGUCAUCGGACGCGACUGCUCCCGCUGUGCCACUGGCUACUGGGGCUUCCCCAACUGCAGGCCCUGUGAGUGCGGCCCCCGGCUGUGUGAGGAGGAGAGCGGCCAGUGCAUCUGCCCACCCCGCACGGUGGAGCCGGACUGCGUGGUCUGCCAAGCCCAGACCUUCGGCUGCCACCCCUUAGUGGGCUGCGAGGACUGCAACUGCUCUCGCCCCGGCGUCCAAGACCUCAGCAGCCCUGACUGCCACCUGGACAGCGGGCAGUGCAGGUGCAAACCCAACAUCGUGGGGCGUCGGUGCGACCUCUGCGUCCCGGGCUUCUUCGGCUACCCAAACUGUCAGAGGUGCGACUGCCAUGAGGCGGGCACGGUGCCCAGUGUGUGCGACCCCUCCACCGGGCAGUGCCACUGCAAGGAGAACGUGGAAGGAGCCCGCUGUGACCAGUGCCGCCUUGGCACCUUCUCCCUGGAUCCCGCCAACCCCAAGGGCUGCACCCGCUGCUUCUGCUUCGGAGCCACGGACCGCUGCCGCAGCACAGAGCGGAGCCGCAGCCAGUUCAUAGACAUGCAGGGCUGGACCCUCCUGACCGGUGAUCGGCAGGAGGUGCCCACCUCGCUCCACCUUGAUGCUGGCCUUGUCCACGCUGAUCUGAGGAAUGUGCCCGAGGCCUACCAAGAGCUGUACUGGCAGGCGCCCCCCUCUUACCUGGGGGACCGGGUCUCAUCCUACGGUGGGUUCCUGAAAUACGAGCUGCACUCGGAGACGCAGCGCGGAGAUGUCUACAUCCCUGUGGAGGCCCGGCCUGAUGUGAUCCUGAAGGGCAACCAAAUGAGCCUCAGCUUCUUGGAGGGUGCCUAUCCUGCCCCAGGAGACGUUCACAGAGGCCAAGUCCAGCUGGUGGAGGGAAACUUCCGCCACACGGAGACCCGCAACCCCGCCUCCCGGGAGGAGCUGAUGAUGGUGCUGGCCGGCCUGGAGCAGCUGCAGCUCCGCGCCCUCUUCUCCCAGAUCUCCUCGGCCGUGUCCCUGCGGCAGGUGGUGCUGGAGCUGGUGCCAGGGCCGGCGCGGGAGCCGGCGGGCGCGGGUCCCCAAGCCAGCAACGUGGAGCUGUGCAUGUGCCCGGCCAACUACCGAGGGGAUUCCUGCCAGGAAUGCGCCCCUGGGUAUUACCGGGACACGAAAGGCCUCUUCCUGGGGAAGUGUGUCCCUUGCCAUUGCAACGGCCACUCUGACCGCUGCCUCGCAGGCUCUGGCAUCUGCGUGAAUUGCCAGCACCACACAGAGGGUGACCACUGCGAGCGCUGCCAGGACGGUUUCCUGGGCAACGGCACCCAGGACCAACCGUCCCACUGUGUGGGAUGCCCCUGUCCCCUCUCAGUGCCUUCCAACAGCUUUGCCAUUGGCUGUGUCCAUAAGGGGUCAGCAACGCAGUGCCUGUGCCGGCCAGGAUACGCGGGAGCCUCGUGUGAACGGUGUGCCCCCGGUUACUAUGGCAACCCGAUGGUGAUCGGCAGCUCGUGCCAGCCCUGUGAGUGCAGCGGCAACGGCGACACCAACACUCUGUUCCAGGAGUGCGACCCUCUGACGGGCGCCUGCACAGGCUGCAUGUACCACACCGCCGGCCCACGCUGCGAGAGCUGCGCCCCCGGAUACUACGGGGAUGCUCUGGUGGCCAAGAACUGCACCCGAUGCGACUGUUCUACGUGCGGGACGGAGUCGUGUGAUCCCCGGUCAGGGCAGUGUCUCUGCAAGGCUGGAGUGACCGGCCUCCGCUGUGACCACUGCCAGGAAGGACACUUUGGCUUUGACAGCUGCUCCGGGUGCCAGCGGUGCGACUGUGGUGUGGCGGCCUUGGGUCCGGCCUGCCACCCCCAGAGCGGACAGUGCCAGUGUCGGCCGGGGGUCACCGGAGCACGGUGCCAGCAGUGCGCCCCCGGCUACUGGGGCCUCGGGGGGCACGGCUGUGCCAAGUGCCACUGCCGAGGCGGCCCCUGUGACCCCCGCACAGGGGAGUGUACGUGCCCCCACGGGCUGAGCGGGAAGCAGUGUGAUACCUGCAGCCACCAGCACCACGUCCCUGUGGCCCAUGGGCCCGAUAGCAUCAUGUGUGAAGUGUGCGACAGCUGUGUGGUGCUGCUUCUGGAUGACCUGCAGCGCAUCGACGCGCUCCUCCCCGCCAUCCGCCUCCAGCUCUCCAGCCUCAACGCCAGCUCUGUUGCCUGGGCGCGACUGCACACUCUGAAUGUCUCCAUCGUGUCCCUCGCGACCCAGCUGCGAGAUCCUUCGGGCCCCCGGCAGGAGAGCAGGAUGAAGCUGGAGCACCUGGAGCAGCAGAGCGUGGUCCUAGACGAGGACGGCAGGCUUCUUCACAGCAAGGCCGGAGAGGCCCGGACCCAGGCUGACAGCCUGCGGCAGAGCAUCGAGGACACCCGCCGUCGGGCCGAGACCUUGCUCAACAGCGUCUGGGCCAUGGAGCGAGGCCUGGCGGACCUGGUGAGACAGAUGGACAGGCUGAGCCCGUCCAACACCAGCGUGGCAUCCGGCGAGGAGCUGCGGCAGAAGAUGGCGGCGGCCGAGCGGGCGCUGCGGGAGAUGCGGGAGCGGGACCUGCGAGGGCAGCGCAGGGUGGCCGACGGGGAGCUCGGGGAGGCCCAGAUCUUGCUGGACCGGGUCCGGAGCCAGAUGGGCAGCCAGUUGGAGGCCAACAAGGAGCUUGUGGAUGGCGUCCGGGCGCGGCUGGAGCUGUCCAGCUCCCAGAUCAUGGACCUGCGGGAUGCCCUCAACGAAGCCGUGAACAAGACACGGCGGACAGAGGAGCUCAACAGCCUCAACCAGAACGCCCUGGAGGAAUGGCUGCAAAAGAAGCAGGAGCUGCAACGAGAGAAUGAGACGCUGAGGAAUACGCUGAAGAUGGCAGAGGCCGCCUUGGCCCGCGGCUCAGACUUUCUGCAAACUGUCGAUAAAGCCAAGGAGGAGUUGGAGCGUCUGGCUGCCAACCUGGACGGGGCCCGGGGCCCGCUGACAGACAAGAUGCAGGUGUUCUCUCCGGCCAGCAGCAAGAUCCCCAUCGUGGAGCGGGCUGAGGCCCAUGCCCUGCAGCUGGACCAGCUGGCCCAGAACCUGUCCAGCAUCAUCCGCGACACCAACCAGGACAGGUUCAUCCAGCGGGCGAUCGAAGCCUCCAACGCCUACGCCAGCAUCAUCCAGGCCGUCAAGGAGGCCGAGAGCGCGGCCCGCCAGGCCCUGCUCAAUGCCACGGACGUGUGGGCGGUGGUUGUGCGGGACCAGCUGGGCAGCCGGGCUCGCGAGCUUAGGGAGAACAGUAGCGUGCUGGAGGAGGCUGUGCAGAGGGAGCAGAAGAAGCUGAGCUGGGUGGUGAGGAAUACCCUGCAGAGCGCCCAGGUCAAGCUGGAGAACUUGAGGGUCAAGAAGGAGGAGCUGAGCACUCGGCUGGGAGCCCUGAAGGACAUGCUGGCCAUGGACGGAGACGGGACGAGCGGGAGGAUCGCCCAGGCCAAGGCGCAGGCGGCGGAGGCCAACGCCACGGCGGCACGGACGAUGUCGGCGCUGCGGGAUAUGCAGGAGCAGCUGGAGCUGUGGCAGCGGCAGUACGGUGGGCUGAGGGGCCCCGACCUGGACCGGGCCGUGGAGGAGGCCGGACGCUCAGUGUCCAGCCUGGAGAAGACGCUGCCCCAGCUGCUGGCCCAGCUGAGCCGCGUGGAGAACAGGAGGAGCCGGAACGCCAGCCUGUCGGAGAGCAUCCUGCGUGUGCGACAGCUCAUCACGCAGGCCCGCAACACCGCCAACAAGGUGAAGGUCCCAAUGAAGUUCAACGGGCAGUCGGGCGUGCAGCUGCGGCCCCCCCUGGACCUGCAGGACCUGGCCGCCUACACCGCUCUCAAGUUCUACAUCCAGAACCCACAGGCCCCCAGGAAGCCCCCGCAGCGGCCUCCCCAGCAGCCCCCGCAGCCGGACCAGCCCCCCGAGGCCCAGUUUGUCCUCUACCUGGGAAGUCGGGAGGCCACCGGAGACUACAUGGGGGUGCUGCUGAGGGACCACAGAGUCCAGUGGGUCUACCGGCUCGGAGAGCAGCCGCCCACCGUGGUGACCGUCGACGAGGACAUCGGAGAGCAGUUUGCCAUGGUUAACAUCGACAGGACUCUGCAGUUCGGACACAUGUCGGUGACUUUGGAGAAGCAGACGGUGCACGAGACCAAGGCGGACGGCGUGUCCCCGGGGGACCAGGGGCUGCUCAACUUCCAGCCCCACAACUUUGUCUUCUACGUGGGCGGCUACCCCUCCGGCUUCACGCCUCCAGAGCCCUUGCGGUUCCCUGGCUACCAAGGCUGCAUCGAGGUGGACACACUGAACCAGGAGGUCAUCAGUCUGUACAACUUCCUCAACACCUUCCAGCUGGACACAGCCACCGACAAGCCCUGUGCCAGGUCCAAGUCCACCGGGGACCCCUGGCUCACGGAUGGCUCCUACCUGGACGGGACUGGCUACGCGCGCAUCGGGAUCGAGAGCCAGCUCAGCCCCACCAAGCGCUUUGAGCAGGAGCUGCGCCUCGUCUCCUCUGACGGAAUCAUCUUCUUCUUGAAGCACCAGGACCAGUUCCUGUGCCUGGCAGUGCGGCAGGGAGUCCUCGUCCUCUACUAUGACUUCAACACGGGGCUGCAGCAGGCCAGGCCGUCCCACGAGCCUCCGCUCCUGAGCACUACCAACAAAGCGAUCCAGAUUUUCCUCCUGGGGAUGACGGGGAAGAAGCGGAUCCUGGUGCGCCUGGAGCGAGCCACUGUCUUCACCGUGGAGCAGGAGAACUCCCUGGAGCAAGCCACCGCCUACUACCUUGGGGGGGUCCCACCGGCCCAGCUCCCCACAAGCCUGCAGGCUCUCUUCCCCACUGGCGGCUCCAUCCGGGGCUGUGUGAAGGGCCUGAAGGCUCUGGGCAAAUACGUGGACCUGAAGCGUCUGAACACGACAGGUAUCAGCUCCGGCUGUACCUCCGACCUCCUGAUCACUCGCUCCAUGGCCUUCCAUGGCCACGGCUACCUCACGCUGGGCCUGCGCGACAUCCCCUCCCUGAUUGGAAAUUUCUACACGGGUUUCGGCUUCCGCUCCAGCCAGGAGGACGGGCUGCUAUACUACCACGCUGCCCCGGAGGGGACGUGCCAGGUGGUCCUGCAGCGUGGCCGGGUGGCACUGCAGUGCCUCAAGAAGACGUUGACCACCAAAGCUGUAUUCGCCGAUGGGGCCGGUCAUUAUGUUGCCUUCUACAGUGACCCCACAGGCAUCCGGCUGUACGUAGAUGACCAGCUGCAGGCGACCGGGGAGCCGGGGAGCCGGGAGCGAGGGGGCCCGGCCCAGCCGCCGCAGCCGGACAGCCUCCUCCGCCGCUUCCACCUCGGAGGUCUGCCCGAGUCCGGCGCCCUCCCCCGCCACCUGCGCGGCUGCAUCGGCAACGUCUUCGUGAAGCGGGAGUCGGCCCCGCAGUGGGUGGUGGACUUGCAACAGAGCAUCGAGAGCGUCAACGUCACCACGGGCUGCCUCGCCCCCGACCAGCCCCACCAGGUCCGAGCUGCCCCCAGGAAGGCCCAGCGGAGACCCAAGGACCCCAGCAGGGCCGCCCUGCACACCCGCCGCUCCCCGCAGGAAUCGGCCUGCCACCUCCCCAAGACCGUCCGCGGCGCCUUUCAGUUUUGGGGGUCCCCGGCUAGCUACUUGGAGUUCGGGCCCAUCCCGGACACUGCCCGCCAGAGGACCCGCUUCUCUAUGGACGUGCGUCUGAGUGCCCCCGAUGGGCUGUUGGUCUACGUGCCCCCCACGCCGGGCGGCGGGGCCUCCCUGCUCCUGGGGGUCAGCCGCGGCCACUUUCUCCUCCUGGCCGGGUACCCUGGGCGGCGGCGGCAGCAGCUCCGAGUCAGGAGCCGAAAGCGGUAUAAGACUGGCCGUUGGCACACGGUGUUCUUCAGCCGGGAGCGGAACCGGGUGCAACUGGUGCUGGAUGGGCUUCGGGCACAGAGCAGCACUGGGGAAUCCGGGGGGCCGCUGGGGCCGGGGCCCUUCUACAUUGGGGGGAUCCCACGGGGCCAAGGGCCCUCUCUUCUCCCGGAGGGAUUCGGCCCCACCUUCAGCGGCUGCCUGAAGAACCUGAGAGUGAACGGGCGGCCGCUGGGAGCCCCGAAGCACGUGGCGGGGGUGACGCCGUGCUACACCAGGGCACUGGAGAGGGGCCUCUUCUUCGCCAGCGAUGGGGGUGUCGUGACAGUAGAACUCCCCCAGGCCCAGGAGCCACCGGACUUGGAGCUAGAGCUGGAGCUGCGUCCCCAGGCGAUGACUGGUCUGGUCUUCUACCUGGGGUCCCCGGCCCAGAGCUUCCUCAGCCUCUCCGUUGACCGCAACCUGGUGACGGUGAAAGCCGACGAUGGGGCUGGUGAAUUCUCCACAUCGGUGAGCGGUCCGCCGCUGUGUGACGGGCAGUGGCACAGGAUAGCAGUGAUCAAAGAGAGAACGGCGAUCCGGCUGCGUGUGGAUACCCAAGGGAACUGGACCGUGGGCCCCUCCCUGGGGCCCUCCCCAGCCGGCCCCCAGGGGCCCCUUCACCUCGGGGGCCUGCCCGAGGCAGCAGAGACCAGCAGGCCUCCGGCAGCGGCACCAUCCCCGCGCCCUUACCGCGGCUGCAUGAGGAACCUGCUGCUGAACCGGCGACCCGUGGACCUGAGCCGCUCUGGCCCCAUCCGGGGAUCGGUCGGAGUGAACGGCUGCCCGGCCGUGUAGAGCCACUGACCGCAAGUGAUGAUGCUGUCCCCUCUACCCCUCCGCCCCAUUGCAGUGCAGACUCGAGCUGCUCAGUUCCACUGGAGGCUGUGGGGGCUGCCAGAUGCUGUAGUCUUCCCAGGGCCGGCCCGUAGCUUCCCCUUUCCUAGCAUCCUCACCAGACGCGCACUUUUGGGCAUCGGGGCUUUCGCAGGUCGAGUGACCUGGAGUAGGGGGUUCAUGGGGCAAAUAGACACCCCAUGGCAGGAGAGUCGGCCUUCAGCCUGUGGUGCCAGGCUCCCUCUUUUCAAGGUGCUUUCCAGCCUCCGCUGGCCCCAUUUCCCUUCCGAAGUCAGAGCCAGCAGGUCAUCUGCGGGCUGGACUACAGCAAACUCUUCCGGCUGCCCCUAAUCCCACCCCACCACCCCUGCCAUUCAGGGUGGCUCCCUUCUAGGGCUCUCCAGGCAGGACCCGUGCCCUGGCCGUGGCCAAAACAGUGAGGUCGACCAAGGCCAUUAGUUAAUACUUGAGAAGUCCGAGAACCAUUCUGGUUCUACCUAUUUAUUUCCACUUUGGCUUCCCAACUCGUUUUCCCUUCCUGGCCUGGGAGCAUGCAGCUUCUCUCCCUGACUUAGUUCACUUGGUGCACUUACACAUGGCUAUGUUUAUAUAUUUGUGUGUGUGUAAUAUAUAUAUAUCUAGCUCUCCAGAGGACAAAUCUUGCUCCUAAAUAUGAUUUCUAAGUUAUGUCUGAUAUUUUUUUUUUUACAUGAUGGGGUAAAUAUUGUAAAAUGGGUUUUUAACAACAGCGUCUUCUAUUCUGACUUUUUGUGAACUCCCGCCCCCACCCCAACCAUUUUGAAAUGGUAGUAUGACAGCUUUGUAAAUCACUGGUACAUACUUUUGAAAUAAAAAAAAAGGUCCUUA